UUUUUUUUUCAUUCAAUCUCAUUCUCAUUUUCUCAUUCACCCGUCAUCCCUUUCUGUUCGAAUGCAAGCAAUGGAGGACGAUCUGAGCUCGUAUGCAAUGCCGAUGGCUGUCGACGACCACCACCGCCACAACAGCAGCUCUUCAAGCAGCAGACACCACCAGCAGCAGGGCACUGCUCCAGCAGCAUCAUCAUCAUCAUCGUUCGUAGCAGGAGGAGCACCAGGAGCACCAGGAGGAGCAGGAGGAGCAACAGGGGGCGGCUUUAUCACCCACCAGCCGAGAGCGUCGGCGUCGUCCGCACUGGGCGCACCUCAGCAGCAGCAGCAGCCGCACAGCAACCAGCACUUCCAUCUGAACAAUGCAAUGGCUGCGGGCGCGCUCGCUGGCGGCGGUGCCAAUGUCGCUGCAGCGUCUGCCCCUUCGUCGUCGUCGUCGGCGUCCGUGUCCUCCUCAAUGCUCACUGCGCCGCUCGCUUCCGCCGCUGGUGCUGCCGCCACUCCCAAUGCGGCUGGUGGCGGCAACAACCCUGCAUCAGCGCACUUUGCGUCCGCGGGCACUCCGAGCACACCUGGCGGCGGUCCGUCGUCUGCAGUGUCUGCCGGCGCGUCACCAGCGGGAUCCCGCCCAGCGUCGUCUGCGCCUGCCAUCCACGACCCAGCAGGCAUCCUGGAAGGGCGCAAGCUGUACACUGCCAUCAUGAAGCAGCACACCUGCUACGACCUGGUGCCAGACUCGGGCAAGAUUAUCGUCUUUGAGGUCAACCUGCUCGUGCGCAAGGCCUUCUACGCACUCCUGCAGAACGGGCUGCGCUCGGCCCCCAUCUGGGACUCGUCCAGGCAGCAGUUUGUCGGAAUGCUCACCGUCACAGACUUUAUCAACAUUCUGCGAUUCUACUACAAGUCGCCGCUCGUCACCAUGGACGAGGUCGAGGAGCACCGCAUCCAGACGUGGCGCGAGGUCGUCUCGACCAAACUCCCCGCCAAGAUGAUCUCGGUCGAGCCCAUGGCGACCCUCUAUGACGCUGCUCGCAUUCUCGUCAUGUCGCGCAUCCACCGCUUGCCGCUCAUCGACUCGGCCAGCAACAGCGCGGUCGCCGUCCUCACCCACAAGCGCAUCCUCCACUUCAUGUACAACUCGAUGAAGCAGACAUCGCCACCGGCCUUCCUGUCGCACUCGAUCGGCCAGCUCAACAUUGGCACCUACAAGAACAUUGCCACGGCCUCGCCCGACACGCCGCUCAUCAUUGUUCUCAACGUGUUUGCCGAGAAGCGCGUGUCUUGUCUGCCGAUUGUCGACGAGACCGGUGUUGUUAUUGACGUUUAUGCCAAAUACGAUGUCAUUAAUCUCGCGCGCGAGCGAACCUAUAACAACUUGGACGUCCCUGUGCUUGAAGCUCUCUCUCAUCGUGCAGAGGGCUUCGAAGGCGUUGUGACGUGUCUCAAAACCGACUCGUUCAAGAGCAUUUUGGACUCGAUCGUCUGCACCCAUGUUCAUCGUUUGAUCGUCGUCGACAACAACAAGCGGGUGAUUGGAAUCGUGUCGCUAUCUGAUAUUUUGACUUUCUUAAUGCUGUAACAGCUGUUACAGCGCGCCAGUUACCGAUGAUUGCUGUUCGUUCGUUCGUUUGUUCGUUGGUGUCAAUUGUGAAUUGUUUUUUUUUUUUAAUAUGCUGUCUUGAAAAUCAAUCCACCUCUCAUUGAUCUUGAGCAUUGAUACCGAA